CCAAAUCUCUCUUUCCUUUCUUUUCUAUUCACUAAAGCUAAUAAAACUCUCUGGCAAUGGCUUCGUCGCUGAGCAAUGGCGUGCCCGGGACAGGGAGCGGGCUGAUCGUGAGUUUCGGCGAGAUGCUGAUCGACUUUGUGCCUACUGUUUCGGGGGUGUCUCUUGCCGAGGCUCCGGGAUUUCUCAAGGCCCCCGGUGGUGCCCCCGCCAACGUCGCCAUCGCCGUCUCCAGGCUCGGCGGCAAGGCCGCCUUUGUUGGUAAGCUCGGCGACGACGAGUUCGGCCGCAUGCUCGCAGACAUCCUCGAACAGAACGGCGUCUCCGGACGCGGCAUCACCUUUGACCAGGGGGCCCGCACCGCAUUGGCCUUCGUCACCCUACGCGCCGACGGUGAGCGUGAGUUCAUGUUCUAUCGCAACCCCAGCGCCGACAUGCUCCUCCGUCCCGACGAGCUCGACGUCGAGCUCAUUCGAUCCGCUAAAGUUUUUCACUACGGAUCGAUAAGCUUGAUCGUGGAGCCAUGCAGAUCAGCACACCUAAAAGCGAUGGAGGUGGCUAAAGAUGCCGGCGUUCUACUCUCCUACGAUCCCAACCUGCGUCUGCCGCUGUGGCCGUCCGCGGAGGAGGCACGUACCCAGAUAAUGAGCAUAUGGGACAAGGCAGAGGUGAUUAAGGUGAGUGACGUGGAGCUGGAUUUCCUCACAGGGAGUGAUAAGUGUGACGAUGCGGCGGCGUUGUCACUGUGGCACCCAAACUUGAAGCUCCUCCUUGUCACUCUUGGUGAGAAAGGCUGCAGAUACUACACCAAGAACUUCCAUGGAGAAGUGGAGGCUUUUCAUGUUAAGACAGUGGAUACGACUGGUGCCGGAGACUCAUUCGUUGGUGCCUUACUCUGCAAGAUUGUGGAUGACCAAUCCAUACUUGAAGAUGAGCCAAGACUGAGGCAUGUGCUCAAAUUUGCAAAUGCAUGUGGAGCCAUCACAACUACCAAGAAGGGAGCAAUACCUGCACUUCCAACCGAGACUGAAGUCUUCGGUCUGCUCAAAGGGGCAUAAUACAAGACUUGGUGGUUGCAUCUAUUUUUCCUUUGAAGGACUUUUUUUGUUUGUUUUUCUUCGGCUUAGGAGUUGCUUUAAUUUCAAUUAAGGUUUCCAACCUCUCCCAUUUUCUACUCUUUUUUUUUUUUUUUUUUUUUUUUUGUUUUUCCUGCCUGUAACGAUUGAAUGGCUCGUCCAAAUAAAUGUUUUCUAAUGUUGUUUC